AUGAAGAAUAUCGCCCUAGAUCAUAAUGCUGCUAUGGGCCAUCCAUCCUGUGUCAAUGUAAUGUUGGCUAUGGGUGCAGAUGUGUCUCUGCCAGUUUCUAGUCAACACUUAAAUUACACACUGCUACAGCGUGUGGCAUUAGUGGUUCUCAAGGACAAGGAAAAUGUGCUUCAGGCUAGUAUGGAGGUCAUUGAGCAGCUAUUGGAAAAAGGAGCUCGGGUCUCAGAUAAUAAUAAUGAUCGUGGAUAUACUGCGCUUGAAUGUGUGACAGGUUCAUGUCAUAAGAAUGUUGUGUCUUUCCCGAGGCCAAAGCAGGAAGAGGUUCAUGUUUAA